UGCAGUAUAAAAUUCUUUGUGGUAUGCUCUCUUGUUGGAUUGGUGAUACUUCUUCCAGUAAAUUAUAGUGGCGACGGUCUUACCGCUAUAAGCCACCAUUCCUUGGAUUCUUUCACAAUAUCUAACAUUAGUCCAGGUUCCAACAGGCUUUGGGUGCAUUUUUCAUGUCUAUGGUUUAUAUCUCUCUAUGGAGUAUACCUACUGUACAAGGAAUAUAAUGAGAUUUUGGCUAAAAGGAUUCAACAACUUCUGAACAUUAGGCAUCAGCCUAAUCAGUUUACUGUUCUGGUUCGGGAAAUUCCCUUCUGCAGCCAACACAAGUCUCGUGGGUGUUGUGUUGAAAAAUUCUUCUCUAAGCAUCAUCCAUGUGCUUAUCAUUCUUAUCAAAUUUUGUAUGAUGGAAAAGAAUUUAAGGAGUUGUUGAAUCAGGCAAAAUCCAUUGAAAAAAGGAUAGAGAACUUGAGAAAGCGGUCUGUGGUCAAGAAGCAUAACCAAACACCUUUGCUUUUGAAUCCGUCUAAAGAAGAUUCUGUGAAAUUAUCCUUGUACGAGGAAAAGCUUGAAGAACUUCAUCACAAGAUACACCAAUUACAGUGUGAAGAUAUGCUCAAAGAAAAGGAAUUGCCCGUUGCUUUUGUUACAUUCAAGUCUCGGUUGGGUGCAGCGCUGGUUGCCCAAUCUCAGCAGCACUCAAGUCCAGUUCUUUGGAUCACUGACGCAGCUCCAGAACCCAGGGUUGUAUCAUGGAGAAAUUUGGCAAUUCCACACAGAUUUUUGCCACUUUGCAAUUUUGGAGUUAUUGUUGCAGCCUCUCUUCUUACAAUUUUCUUUGCCAUCCCAGUCACUGCAGUCCAAGGGAUAGCCAAAUUUGAGAAACUAAAGAAAUGGUUUCCUCCAGCCAUGGCUGUACAGUUGAUACCAGGGUUAAGCUCUAUUAUAACAGGGUAUCUUCCAAGUGCCGUUCUGAAAGGGUUCAUAUACAUUGUUCCAUUUGCAAUGCUUGGAAUGGCGAAACUAGCAGGCUGUAUCUCAAAGAGCAAGGAGGAAAUAAAAGCUUGCAACAUGGUUUUUUAUUUUCUAGUGGGAAAUGUGUUCUUUUGGAGCUUGUUAUCUGGAUCCUUAAUAGAUGAAAUUGGGGAAUCUUUUACUCAUCCAAAAGAUUUCCCUAGUCACCUUGCAAGUGCUGUCUCUGCUCAAGCAGAUUUCUUUGUGACAUAUAUUUUGACAGAUGGGCUGUCAGGGUUUUCUUUGGAGAUCCUCCAACCAGGAUUACUUUGUUGGGAUGCUAUAAAGUCCUGUACAUAUGGCCGUGGAAAAGAGAAAACCCCGUAUCUUUACUCGUUACCUUACUACAGAAUCAUUCCUUUGGUCUCACUGUCUGUGCUGAUUGGUAUAGUGUAUGCUGUUGUCGCACCUCUUCUGCUUCCCUUUCUGAUUGGUUACUUCUUGCUUGGCUAUGCUGUGUUUAUAAAUCAGGUUGAUCUUUUCAACUUUGCGUUUAUUAUCCAAGUUUAUUAUUAUUGUUACUAUA